AUGGCAGUCAAGUCCGCACCAGUCUCCAAUUCCUCCAUCUUGAAGCACGAGAAAGAGAUCCUCGAUCUCUUACAAGAUUGCCCCGAGAUCAUCGGCUGCCUCGGCGACGAUAUCAAGCCCGACGACGAUGGCGAGGCCACCUACAGUCUCUUUCUUGAGCUCGCAACCUUCGGCAGCCUCUUCGACGUCCUCCGAUCUUCCCACGGCCCUUUCUCCGAGUCCGAAGUCCGGCACUGCACCAAGUCCAUCCUUAGAGCCCUCGCCCAUAUCCAUGCAAAGGGUUACGUGCAUUGCGACAUCAAGCCGCACAACAUCCUCGUGUCCGGCUCCGGCGAGGUCAAGAUCGCCGACUUUGGGCUUGCCAAGAGAGCUAAAGAGAGGUCCCGAGGGUUCUUUAUUCGAGGCACACCACUGUACGUGGCUCCGGAGGGUGUGGCUCGGAACGAGUACGAGCCGCCGUCGGAUAUAUGGUCUCUCGGGUGUACGUUGAUCGAGUUGGUCACCGGCAAGCCAGCAAGAAGUUUCCCGGCCGACCUCGAGCUGCCGGCGGUGUUGUUUCGGAUCGGUCGCAGCGACGUCUUGCCGGAGAUUCCGGAGAGCCUUUCGGAUGAGGGGAAGGAUUUCUUGAAGAGGUGCUUAGUGAAGGACCCAAAGAACAGGUGGACGGCCGAGAUGCUACUGGAUCAUCCCUUCGCAUUAGGUUAUGGGGAAGAAGAAGAUGGACAUGGUGCAAUACCAUGCGGAGCCCAAAAAAGGGUGUUUGAUUGUGCUGCAGGGUUAGGAAGCGAAGUUUUGCAUGUCGCUCCUGGGCAGCAACCCCUUGUAAAUUGA